ACUCCACGACCGCACUACAAGAUCUGGAUCACCAGUCUUGCAUGCCUACGAAGAUUAGAGAACCAGCUUUUAUACCGCGAGUUUAGUCAAUUGAUUUUUAUAAUGCUGCCCUCUAAGCGAAAGAACCUUCUCCUCUGCCUCGACGCCUUCGACACUCUCUUCACCCCUAGCACUCCCAUCCCAACUGCGUACGCACAAGCAGCAACUCGUCACGGGAUCCAAAUUCCCUCUAUCCAAAGCCUAGCAUCAAGCUUCAAAUCUUCAUUCAAAAACACGUCUCAAAAAUACCCAAACUACGGCAAAUCCACCGUAGGUCUCAGCCCCGAAAAAUGGUGGAAAACCAUUAUCCAAGACACUUUUGCCCCAUUCCUGCAACAAGGCCAGACAGUUUCGGAGGAACUCACCAGCGAACUCCUUGAACACUACUCGUCAAGCAAGGGAUACACAGUAUUCGACGAUGUCAGACCUUUGUUUAGCAUGCUGCGCAAUGCAAAACAAGGACACUCAUCCUCGUGGCCAUGGGACACGACUAUUGUGGGCAUAAUCACAAACUCGGAUGAUCGCAUUCCAUCCGUCUUAUCUUCGUUUGGCUUGGACGUGGCAUCUCGCCGGUAUACCAACAACAACAACAACAGCACAAAAGAAGUGAACACGGUUGUACAGGAUCAGGAUAUUGAUUUUGUACUCCUGUCCUACGACGCAAGCGUUGAAAAACCGCACCCUGUGAUUUUCUCCCUUGCAGAAGAAAUGCUCAGCGACGUCUUAUCAAGCAGAGUUGAUGCGCAGGAAACAGGUCUACAAGCAAGUGACUUUGAAAAACUCCAUGUAGGCGAUGAUCUAGACAAGGAUUAUCUAGGUGCAAAAGGAGCGGGGUGGGGUGCGCUGUUGCUGCGGCGCGAUCAGGGGUUAGGCAAAGGUAUACAGAAUGUCCAAGUGCAAGGGAAAAAUGCUGAAAAGAAACGUGUAGAGGCAAUUGGUAGCCUUUUAGAUAUUGCUGGAUGGCAACCUACUAGUACAUAAUGUAAA